AUGUGGAGUCCCACUCACGUUCAGGUGACAGUUCAGAGGGCCAGAGGCUUGCUGACAAAGGGAAAGCAUGGAACAAAUGAUGCAUUUGUAACUAUAGCUUUGGCAAAGGAGAAAUAUCAAACUUCAGUGAAAGAAAAAGCACUGCAGGAUGUGGAAUGGCAUGAAGAAUGUGAGCUGCAAAUUCCAAAACAGGGUAAUGUUGCUGAAAUUAUACUUACAGUUCUGCAUCGUAAUUUUAUUGGAGUCGAUGAAUUUUUGGGAGUUGUCAAUAUUCCCUUAGCUGAUUUUGAUGUGUAUGAAAGACCUAGAAACAGGUGGUAUGAAUUAAAAAGUAAACCGGGGAAGGAAAAAAACAAAUCACGGGGUGAACUGGAGGUGCGUGUUUCCUUCCUUGUGAAAGCUGGCAGUCUGACGGACCUUAGCAAGAAACACCGGUCAUCUCUGGGGCAGCUGUCACAGAUGGCACAGUCUGUGGGUGGAAGUCUGCUAAGUCUUGGCACUAUAGAGAAAAGAAAAGGAAUAAAGAAGCUGGCAGAGUCACUGGUGAGAAAAAGUAAGAAAAACGAUGUGGACAUUGCUGCAAACCACGGAUUUCGAACAUCAUACCCAAUGUCUUCCCAAAUACCGGGGGAUGCUGAUCCUGGGGUGAUAAGUGAGGGUGACAGUGAAGAUGACUUUACACUGGAUGACCUGUCACACAAGAGUUCAGGUAGUUCACUCAAUGCCAGUCAGCCUCCUGUUACCCCUGUAAUUGGGUCCCUGGAGAACCUGGCAGGAGGUGAAUUUCUGCGGCGUACCUCGACAUUACAGAUCCCCCGUAGUUCUGGUGGAUCAACGCAAGCAAGGCCCUCAGAUGAAUGGGAGCAGAAACUGUAUGGGAAGCAAGGAAAGGAUGCACUUUCCAUCGGUACGGAGAUCCCAAAACGACGUUCGUGGGAGAGCUCUAAGACUGUUUUGAGCAGUCAGCCAGAAGAAGAUGAGGCUGAUGAAAAUAUUAAAGCUAAUAAAUUUUCCAUAUCUGGGCAAUCUGACUCUUGUUUGGAUCAUCCAACACCAGCUGCGGGUGUACCGCAGGUGGCAGCUCAUAGAGGACAGGAGAAAGUAAAAGAAGGAUCAAGAUUAGUCAGAAAACUGAAACAGUUUCGAAAAGUUGGAAAUGUGUGGAUUGUGAUAGUGCGUGGAUAG